AUGGAUCGACAGAUCGUUGUACUUGUUGCAAGUUUAAUUCUUUACGGAAUUAGUUGUGCGUCAGCAGCUAACUGGGCAGUACUUGUUGCUGGCUCCAAUGGUUGGUAUAACUAUCGACAUCAAGCUGACGUUUGUCAUGCCUAUCAAAUUUUACAUAAGAAUGGUAUUCCCGAUUCGAAUAUCAUCGUGAUGAUGUACGAUGAUCUUGCUAAGAACGUUGAAAAUCCAACUAAAGGUGUAAUAAUUAACCAUCCGGAUGGCGACGAUGUUUAUCACGGUGUACCACAUGAUUAUACUCAUCUGGAAGUGACACCGAAAAAUUUCAUGCAUGUUCUAUUAGGUGAAAAAGAUGCUUUGAAAGGUGUAGGCAGUGGAAAAGUUUUAGAAAGUGGACCUGAUGAUAACGUUUUCAUCUAUUUCACCGAUCAUGGCGCUGUGGGUUUGGUUGCUUUUCCACAUGGUGUUCUUCACGCAAAACAACUAAAUGAAACAAUCACGAAAAUGUAUACCCAAAAGAAAUAUAAACAAAUGGUCGUCUAUAUCGAAGCUUGCGAAUCAGGCUCGAUGUUGGAAGAUCUUCUUCCGAACAAUAUCAAUGUUUAUGCAACAACUGCAUCCAACGCACAAGAAUCGUCAUAUGCUUGUUAUUAUGAUGACAAACGUCAGACAUACCUCGGUGAUGUGUAUUCAGUCGUUUGGAUGGAAGAUUCUGAUGCUGAAAAAAUCGACCAGGAAAGUCUCUAUCAACAGUAUACAGUCACUCAAGCAAAAACAAAUACCAGUCAUGUUAUGCAAUACGGUGAUCUUAAUCUGGGCAAAGCACAUAAUGUUAGCGAAUUUCAAGGAGCUGCAAAGCAAUCGUAUCGAUCACACCAUAAUCUACUUAAAAAACGCUAUAACAAUCGUUUACGACGCGAUGCUGUUCCAACACAGGAUGUUCGCAUCGCCAUUGUUACUCGUCGAUUGGCUGCUGCAGAAGACAACUCAAUCGAAAAACAAAAACUCGAACGCGAACUCGCUCAGUUAUACAGUGAUCGAUCAACAAUAACAUCUCGUAUACGUGAAAUUGCUUCCUUGGCUUUAUCGAUGAAUCGCGGUGGCUACUUGGAACUUAUUACUGAAAAACAUAUGAAAUUGACUCGAUACGAUUGUUACCAAUCGGUGGUCGAACGUAUUGGAGAGAAGUGUUUUGAUCUUCAAAAUGAAUUCGUUUUGAAUCAGCUCUACAUCAUGGCUAAUUUAUGUGAAAUUGGCUUAUUUGAUUCUACUAUUCAUCGAGCUGUCGAUCAAUUUCAUUUCGAUCGGAAAAAUUAUUUUCGUCGAUUUCAACAAAUUGACUAUGAACACAAUAGCUCAGCAUUCAACCAUAUCAACAGAUCGAUUCGUCAUGCAUUAGAAUAUUUCAUUGAUGAUCUCAAACAUGAUCAAGCGAAAACAAUUGAGUACUUUUUAAGUCAAGGCUCAGUCGACGAGAUUCUUCUUUCCAUUGUUCGAUUAGUGUUUUCAGAUGAAAACUGCAUCUGUGUCAAUAGUGCCUAUGUUAUCGGAAGUAUUGUUGAAACAGAGCAUGGACUCGAACGAUUUUUAUCCAUGUUUCACGAUCAGCAUCUGUUAGAAACGGUGGAUAUUAUUGAUAAAUUGUGUCAGUUGAUGACGAAUGAAGAUUUCGAUUGUGUUAUGAAUGCAACGGGUAUACUUGGCACAAUAUGUAAUUGUCAACAAGGACGUGAUUUAGUUUUAAAUCAUGCUUGUGUGCGUCAAUUGAUCUCCAAUUUGUCAUUACUGUUCAAUUCAACAAACUCGUGGGUCACUGGAAAUGCGACUCUAGUGUUUGCACGGCUGACAGUUGACGAGGCUGGUUGUCGAUUGAUACUUGCUCAUGAGAAAUGUCAUGAAAUUUUGAAUCAAUUAUUAACUAAUCUCGAUAUAAAUGAUUCGAACCUUUCCAUUAAUCUCGUCUUCUCUAUCGCACGUUUGCUUGAACGCGAGGAAGGUCAAAAAUGCUUCAUUAAUAAUUGCGGACAGGCUCGAUUUUUCGAAGCCUUGCCAACUAUGUUAGAUAUCAAUUCGGAUAAAGGCAUACAUAAAAAUGCUUGCUAUGCAUUGAGCUGUCUAUGUACCAGUGACUAUGGAUAUGAAUUAUGUACGCAAUCGCGAACGAGUUUUCAACAGAUUCUUCUCGCCGUAGAAAAAAUACUUGGCUCAUCGGAUCACGAAACUGUUUGGUUUGCACUUAUAUGUUUGACAUCGAUUGGUAAACAUGAAGGUGCGACGGAGUAUUUGUGUCGCUCGAAAAAUUUAUGGAAGUUAAUCAAACGAGUACGAAACAAAUGGAAGGAAGUGAAAGAAAUUCAGAAUGAAUCGAGAUUACUCUGGUUUUUGAUCUAUCAAUCUCUCAAACCAAAUCGACCGAAAAUAAGCAAUUGUUCCAGCACAUCUGUGGAAGUAUCUUGGGAUCCAUAUCUGUAUGCAGACGAUGAGAAUCAAGUACAAUACAGUGUAAUACUCAACGAUAUUCUUGUUCGCAUAACACCGGAAACAAAUUGCUGUCUAAAUCUUCUCAAACCGAAUACCCGUUACAACAUCCGGAUACGGUACAUAACCAGUGAAGGAGAAAGUGAAUUGAGUGAUCCAGCUAUAUUUCAAACGGACGAUGAAAUAUUACCUUGCGUAACCAAUCUUCACACGGUUCGUACAUCGAUGACAGCAGUUCGUAUUGCAUGGGAUUCGCCUGAUCUUACCACAUGUUAUUCAUUUAAAGGUUAUCAAAUCUAUCUGAAUGAUGCUGAAUAUGAAUUCAUAAAUGAUUGUGGAACUACCAUCGGUUCGUUAGUAGCUAACACAAUGUACCGCGUCAGUGUUUGCAUUGCCACUGCAAACAGACACGGACCCUGUACAACAGUCAAUGUCAAAACGGAUUCUGCUGGUGACUGUAUACCAGCUCCGCCCAUCUUUUCUCAGAUUGGUCGUCGUGAAUUGCAUAUAAAAUGGCAUCCACCCGAGGUUAUUUCCGGUCGUUUAACCCGUUAUGAACUGCUUUGCAAUGGGCAUUGCGUUUAUUCGGGUAUUAGUCAAGAGUACCAUGCAAUAAUGCUUAAACCCAAUACAGAAUAUACAAUAAUGGUAGUGGUUAUUACAAGUGAAGGUCGUUUUCGUAGUCGGCCAGCGAAAACUCGAACUUUAAAAGACGAAUUUUCAACAUCUCCUCGUCAUUCGCUCUACGAACCGCCGUCCACACAUCAAAAUCAAAUGAAAUUCAAACGCACCGAAACAUUUCACGCUCGAAGAACUUCUUCCACAACAGAACCACGCAUCAAAAAAGAAAACAAAAUCCCAGAAACUACUUCAAAUCAACACAGUUCAGCCACCACUACUAGUAUUGCCGAAGGUACAUCUUCUCGACGAACAUUACCCGACAUCAUUUCUAAUCUUCAAUCAUCACGAGCGAGUCGAAGUUUACAUCGUGCUAAAACAGAUGUCAUCGCACAACGUAUAUCAAUACCUCUCAUCGUCCCUACCGUCAGUUUCGAUCUUCCCUUGCACGUUCCUCAAUUGAAACGACAUUCAAACAGCACUAAACAGAUCGAAUACGUGCUUUCUGAUUUACCAUCACGAUUCGUUUAA